UUGGAUGGCUGUAGAUUUGUCCAUAUUGAAUAUUGAUAGACCAACGCCGCAUUCACGACUAAUCCAACUUAUCAUCACACUCGAAUUCGAUCAUCCAUGGAAGAGGAGGCGGCGCCGCUGCUGCUGCUACCCGGCGGCGAAGGGGAGGUUUUCGUGGACGAGCUGAAGAAGGUGAGCUACAUAGCGCUGCCAAUGGUGGCCGUCACCAUCUCUCAGAUUCUGCCACGCGUCGUCUCCAUGAUGAUGGUCGGCCACCUCGGCGAGCUCGCCCUCUCCGGCGUCGCCGUCGCCACCUCCCUCGCCAACGUCACCGGCCUCAGCCCCCUGUUUGGGAUGGCUAGUGCCCUCGAAACCUUAUGCGGGCAGGCCUUUGGAGCAGAGCAGUAUGAGAAGCUAGGACUUUACACCAAUGCUUCAAUUCUAUGUCUUCUUCUACUCUGUUUACCGCUCUCUCUUUUGUGGAUCUUUUUGGAAAGAUUGCUCAUAUUUAUCGGUCAAGAUCCUUCGAUUUCUCAUGAAGCCGGCCAUUACGCUAUAUGGCUUAUCCCCGGGUUAUUUGGUUAUGCUAUUCUCCAAGCACUGAUUCGAUACCUGCAAACGCAAAGUUUGAUCGUUCCCAUGGUUUGGAGCUCCAUCGCAGCGCUUUUUGUCCAUGUACCUGUUUGCUGGGUUUUAGUGUUCAAGGCGAACCUAGGCACUGCAGGGGCAGCGUUGGCGAUCGGAUUAUGUUAUUGGUUCAAUGUGAUUUUACUUCUUUUGUAUGUUAACUACUCUUCGACUUGCAAGAGAACCCGUGCACCAUUUGAUAAAAGCGUCUUAUCGGGUAUGAGGGAGUUUUUGCGCUUUGCUGUCCCUUCCGCUGUCAUGGUCUGCCUUGAAUGGUGGUCUUGUGAAAUAUUGGUAUUGCUCUCUGGUCUUUUGCCUAAUCCGCAACUUGAGACUUCGGUCCUUUCGUUAUGCCUCAUGAUUGCUUCGUUGCACUACUUCAUCCCGUAUUCUGUUGGUGCUGCUGCAAGCACGAGAGUUUCGAACGAACUUGGGGCAGGGCACCCAGAGAGGGCUCGAGCUUCAGUUUAUGCUGCAGGCUUUCUUUCGAUAGCUGAGGCGAUAGUCGCUUGCACAUUUCUCCUCAGCCUGAGUAAUAUUGUGGGAUACGCAUUCAGUAACGAGAAAGAAGUUGUCGAUUAUCUCAGAGAGCUCGUUCCAUUCAUUUGCCUCUUGAUUGCAAUGGACUGUAUCCAAGCAGUGCUUUCAGGUUUGGCCUCAACUCCUCUGUUCGUGCCAUUUUCUUCUCUUUCGGGUAGAUGCAACAUAUGGCGAAACUCAACAAGAGUGGCAAGAGGUUGUGGAUGGCAGCAUCUAGGCGCUUACGUGAAUCUUGGAGCGUAUUAUCUAGUCGGACUACCAGCAGCGGUUACUCUAGGUUUCGUGUUUCAUUGGCGGGGAAAGGGUCUAUGGCUCGGGCUGAACAUGGGAUCGAUAGUGCAAUCAACGUUGUUAUGCUUGGUGACAUGUUCAACCAACUGGAGGAAACAGGCAUCAAUGGCUCGACAACGAAUUUUCGAGGGCACAAUGGCUCCGGAACAUGAAAAGGUUUUAGCAUGAAAGUGUUCUUUACUAUUCGCUAUGUCCACCAAACUUGGACAUUGUUACACCUCCAAACUAAAUGGAGUAAGAAUAUAUAUGGAAGUAAAUUUUUAGGCAUUGGGGUUCAGGUUUCUAUCAGUUUCCAUUAGUUUUUACUAAAAGAUCGAUUAUAAUUUCUGUACUUAAUAUUCAAUUUUUAAAAUAUUUUUAUGUUAUUCUUCAA